AUGGCUCUUAGGAUCGUAAGGAGCUCCAUCAAUGCCUUCUUGGACGGUUACCAGUCGUUCACCUCCAUUGCUGCUCUGCUCGUCUUGCCGGCGUCGGCUUCCAUUCUGUUGUCGCAGGCGCUGGUUCCGUUCUCGGGGCCGGUCGUCAAAACGAUCUCUUUCCGCCUGUCGGCGCUGUUCCAGGCUGCGAGGUUCCCUGCUUCGGCGGAGUUCUUCGCCCUGCUCAACGUGAAGCUGGCGCAGACCGUGUUCUCCUUCUUGGCCACGCUGCCGAUCGUCCUUACUUUCCUCCUCGUCGCCAAAGCUUGCGUUGUCCUUGCUGUGUGUGGCGGCGGCGGGAGGAUUCGGAGGGGGACGCCGUCGCUAUCCACUGCCCUCCGCCUCUACCGAUCGAUCCUCCCCACCCACCUCUUCAACUCCUUCCUCCUCCUCUCCACCAACGCCACCGUCUUCGCCUUCCUGUUCCUAGUCUUCAACGUCGCCGACGUCCUCGGCCUCGCCACCAGCACUGCCCUCCUCCUCCUCCUCUCUGCCGCCGGCGCCGUCCUAUACUCCGUCGUGAUUGCCAACGCGACCGUGAUCUGCAAUCUGGCCCUCGUCGUUGCCGCGGUGGAUGACUGCGGCGGGCUGCUCCCGGCGCUCAAGGCGUUCUUGCUAGUGAGGGGGCGUGCGUCGACCGCGCUGGGAUUGGCUUUGCCGGCCAACCUCGGAAUGGCUGCCGUGGAGGCUCUGUUUCAGUACAGAGUCGUCCGGCAAUACAACAUUUCAGGGGAAUUAAGUUCGUCUCUGCUGUGGGAGGCUUUCUCCAUUGCUUACUUCCACGCAUCGCUGCUGAUCCUCGAGGUCAUCAUGAACUGCAAGUUCUACGAAGUUUGUACAGUGGAGAAUAAACACGAGCAUGAGCGUCAUCAAGGAGAACUGGAGCUGAAGGAGAAGCCUUCACUAUUUGUUUAA